AUGGCGACGGACGAGACAUUAGCGAUCUCGUCAUGUUUAUGAUGAAUAUGUCAAAACGAUUUUCAUAUUUGUGGAAGGAUCGGUAAAGAAUGAACCGGCACCAGGUCCUUACAGGGGCCUGCAACUCCGGAGAACAGUGUUAUGCAGUCGGAAGCGUAGAAGGAAUACAUUUUACGGCAUAUGCUGCAGGGUGCAACAUCGUCAUACUAGCCAGCAACUUUGAGCGGGUACAGAUCAUCCCCGGUGUCUCCCAUGGCAACAUCAAAGUCAGCUGCAUUGACUGCUCAACAGACACUGGCAAGAUUGCAGCCAGCUAUGGCAGGAAAGUCCAUAUAUUUGAACCAACUCCACUGAUUCAUGAAAGUCAGCAUGGACAUACAAAGAAACUAGACUAUCGUUGGUACAAGACUGCGACUAUUGAAACAGAAUGCUUCGUCAACUGCCUCAGUUGGAACAUGGAAGGGUCCAAACUUCUGACUGGAGGGGAGGUAAUCCAGAUCUGGCAGAUGAGCCACCGUGAUCCCAGUGAGGAUGAUGCCUCCUCCAAGAGAGUACAGUUCAGCGUUGGCCCAUCAGGAGGCGAGGAUGAUGAUCCAAUACACACGCACUUCAGUCAUGUGAUGCACCCAGAGAAGGAGCGAAGCUUCGAGCCUCACGUGACCGAGUGGGACAGUGUGUGGAAGUGCAAACCCUCUUCUGCCGUGUUUCACCUCAAGUUCUCUCCUGAUGGUUAUGUAUUUGCCUCAGCAGGCAAGGCUGACAGACUCGUCAAAAUCUGGUAUGAAGACAGAAAAUUGAGCCCCCAGUUAAUCCGGUCAGACAGUAUCAGUCCCAAGGUGGAGGAACAGCACUACUCUUUUGUGUAUAUCUCUCACCCUCGUGCUGUCACUGGCUUCUCCUGGAGGAAAACAAGCAAGUUCAUGCCAAGAGGUUCUGUGGCCAACAUGUUGGUGACAUCCUGCUUAGACAAUGUAUGUCGGAUCUGGUGUGAAACUAUCCUCCCAGAUGAUGGUCUUCUGGACCUAGAGCAGUUUGACCCCAGUGGACAGCUUGAUCCUAAGUUUCAUACACACCGUCACAAGAAGAGGUUCUUGCAGAGACUUAAGACUAUAAGGCAUGCAAUCCACAAGCGUAAGAAGCACCCAAAGUACGGCCCUGACACUGUGAUGAGCAUGACCAGUCUCCCCAGCAUGGGCAGCGUCCAUGACUUCCACAAGUUCGCCAUCCACCACAACGGUGUGUCCCCGGUACUGCACUUCCACCUGGCUGGGAGCAUCAACCCAGAGACAGACAUUCCACUUCAGCCAAUUAUUGGCAACAAGGGCGACGUGGAUCAUAACUUCAAGAUCCACUGGCUAAACAACAAGGAGCUGCAGUUCACUAUAGAGGCUGAGCACAUUCUGCAGGACCUCCACAAGCAGAUGCUGUUUGAGGAGAGCCAUAAGGAGGAGGUCCACACCAGCCAUGAGUUUGACAGCGAGGAGCACGAACAUGAACACGACCAUGAGGACGACCAUGAGGAUCAGGAAGCUGACAAGGACGAGACAGGUCAUGGUAAGAAGAAGAGGAACAAAUUCUUUAAAAGAAGACACAAGCACAAGAACUUCCAUAAGGACAACAAGAGCCUUGGGAGCCACACAGACAGUAUGUCAAGUAUGUCUUCAGAGGAGGGCACUGGCAGCUCCACCGACAUCUCAAGUUCGAUUGUGGAGUCGUUGGAUCGGAAGAUCGAAGUGCUGUUGCGAGACUGGCAUCAGAGUUCUGACAUGUUGUUCAGCAUACACCCAGUCGAUGGCAGCUUUCUUGUGUGGCUAGUUGACUGGCUGGAUGAGUGUAACCCGUACUGUUUCCGUCAGGCACAAGUCAGCUUCUCAUCCCGACUGCCCAACGCAUUUCCCAUCCCCGACGCUCGCACCAUGGCCAGCAACGUCCUCAUGUACUGCAACUACAGCAAGAUGGACAUCAAGUCAGCCAUGAAGAUGAGUGAAAGCAAAGUGUCCAUGAUGGAACACGAGGGAUUUGUUCGACACAGUGGACAGCCUGCCACAGCGACAGGGAAAAACUCUCCCGGUCAGAAUGACAAUAUGUUGAUUCCAAAUGUACUUAUGAUUUCCAAACACAGCAACGGAAGCAUUAAUCAGUGGCAGAUUAGUUUCUCCGAUAACUCCAAGUUUCAGACAAUUGUCAGUGUAGCACAUGCUUCUAGAGCAUGUGGCCAUAGAUUCCGAACAAACUCUGCAUCAUGUCAUCCAGUGUUACCGUUGUUGCUCACAACAUCCCAUCACAACAUUCCCGAGGAGGAGUCUCCAGAGAAGGAUUCUGCAACAGAUGAUGAUGGAGAAAGUCAUGGAGGGUUCUCAUUCUGUAGUGAACUCAUUCUUUGGAGAGUCGACCCAGUCGGUCCGCUGUCUAAGUCCGGAGGAAUCGUUGAGCUGGCUAGGAUUAAUGCUCCUCCCAUCUCGGCCUUCUCCAAUGUGGCAUGGGUGCCAACACUGUUACCUAGUACCUCCCUGGGGUCCUACAGUAACUCCCCCAGUGCACUGUUUGUGGCAUCAGAUGGAAACUGUCUGAGACUUUAUCAAGCUGUGAUAGAUGCCAGAACUCUCCUCAUGGAUGCUUCAGUACAGAGGAAAGAUCAAGCCCUCAGCUUCUCCAGCACAACAAGUUCUAGUUACCAUGGUGACAUGGGUUCCCCAGUGCGAGCUGCUAGUGAAGUGUUCAACAUCGUCAGUCAGCAGUCAUCGGCGAGACCUGGAUGUAUCAUGGAGCUGCAGGGGAUCAACGAUGCCCAGCAGGAUUGGCAGAACAUCCAGCUCCUGCACGUGUUCCAAGAACAGCUUGUGACGGGACGCUUCUCGUCCGGUGAUUUAGGGGGCCCUAACAUGGAGGCCAUCGUGGACCUGAGGAACAUGAGCUCCUUCGAGGAGAACUUCUACCUGGUGGUGCUGGAGCGCAACGUGAGUGGAGGCUCCAUGCUCCACAUGUGGAAGAUCACCAUCUCGUCCCAGCUCAACAGUCAAUCGGAGGGCAACCGGUGCAAUGCUAAUCCUGUAGGUGAUUACAUACGCCAUGAGUUUGAUGUGAAUUCCCCAUUCCGAGGAGCCUCCUUUGAUGAGCCAGACCUCAUAAGACAGGCAUCAGUCAUGACCAUGUCCAUCACAACCACCAAGGUUUGCAAUCAAAUGCUGAUGCUCCCGGAAGAUGUGCAGGUUCUUUGUGUGAAUGUUGCUGCUGGCCAUCUUAGCUCGGCCUCCAUCUACCCAGCAUGCUUUGCUCCGUAUCUGCUGGUGACGGCAUGUUCUGAUGGUGAUGUGCGGUUCUGGAAGUGUGAUGUGACGGAGGCCAGCCAGAGUGCGUCUCCGACGCAGCACAAGGAGAGCUUCUUGAGCAUCACCAGCUACGAGUACAGCCUGGAGGAGGAGGCGAGGCCAAGACGACCAGCAGUCAUGACACGCGUGUGUUCACAACCUUACGACACGGAUUACACAUGGUCAGAGUGGGAGAUGAUGAACACGUGCCACAGUGACAGUGCAAUAACUAUACCAGGCAAGCCUAUUACUGUGUGCUGUGCCUACAGUGGGAGAAUCGCUGUUGCCUACAGACAUGGUGCAAUCCGAGCAAUGUCGGAAAACCCACACGACAAGUUUGUCAACCUUUAUGUUGCAAUAUAUGAAUGCGAAUCAACAGGUGGAUCUGAAUGGGUUCUAGAGGACACCAUUGAACUUAAAAACAUCAAAAUCCCCGACCCAAAAGCUGAGAUUGAUCUGGCCCAGAUCUUUAACUCCGAUGGGUCAGCCUCCAAACCAGUGGGAGGCCUCUCCCCUUCUUCAUCAUUUGCAAACAUUCCCCGCACAAAGUCGGUGCCAAGCCUGAGCACCAUCCACACAGUGAGGAAGUCCAUAGCGGAACAGGGCAACAAGCUGGGGCUCCUCAUGCAGAAGUGUCUGGUGCAGCUGGACUGGGUGUCAGCUGAGGACGGCUCACACAUCCUCACCGUGGGAGUUGGAUCCAAGGUGUUGAUGUACUCACAGGUAUCCAAUGAAAUCUCACAAGAAUCUUUGAAGGCUUUCACCGGGAAACAGUUGAAAUCAACAAGCAGUACCUUGACUGCGCGAUCUCGACCUAUGAUGCAAAAGUCAAAGUCACUUGUCGUUGACAACUACCAAGAAGAAAUUCGCUGGAUGAGAUUACGAGCAUUGGAGCUCACUACAGCAGAUGGAUUACCUCCCUUGCCAAUGCAUUUAUCUUGGGUUCGAGCUGGCAUCCUUGUGUUAGGAAUGGACAAUGAGAUGCAUGUGUAUUCUCAGUGGCGAGGGGCUUCAGGUGCUGACAACCAAAGUCUUUCUGGUGACGAUGUCAACAUUGACAAACGAACACUAAAUGAGGUGAAUCGGUCAUGUGUAGCAAGCUCUUCAAACUUUGGAAAGAAACCCUCGACUAGUUUCAAGCCAUCUUACUCCAUGCCUAGUUUUAAGCAUUUUAAUUCUAGUCUAUCUCACAACAGCUUCAAAAGGAAAGAAAUGUGGAAGAAAUCAGAGCAAGGUUCUGCAGCUUCAAAGAACAGUCUUUCAAGGAGUGACAGCAUUACCAGCCUAAGUGUAAUACAUGACUUUGGUCUGUUUGAGGCAGCAAGGCAAGCGAACCCUGUGUUACCCCAAUAUCAUCCAAAACAGUUGAUAGAGUUGUUGAACUUUGGAAAAAUCAAAAGGGUGAAGGCUAUCUUAGCUCACCUGGCCAGGUGUAUGGCAGGAAGUGAAACUAUGCAGGCCGUGUACGUUGAUGACCUCGAUAAUGAGGAAGGGCUUGUGUCUGUAAGAUCAAUACGUCCACGAAGUGUGUCUGUGUCGGCCAGCAAUAAGGAAAGUGAGUUACGCUUGGAAGAAGAGAUAACUGUUGAUGUGAACGAGAUCAGCUCCAUCCCACCGCUACCUAUAUAUGCUUUACUAGCUGCAGAUGAGGAUAACACGGGAGUCAAUGUUGAAAUCGCAAAAGCAGGAGCAGCAACGGCUCCAAACACCAACCCUCACCCUGAAGACUACACAGAGCUGUUCAGCCGGGAUGUGAUGAACGAUGACUCUCUAGAUGAAGCACUCUUGUCUACGUCUGCAGACAGCUCUGGUACCAAGCGAACCAGGAUGCACUCCUCCAGCCACACUGCAAUGAAUCCCCACUACUUCGGGCCGAAGCAGGGCAAGGUCCUCGGGGCCCAUCUCCUCCAUAUCCGCCUCCCUGGACUGUCCAGUCUGGAUCAGAUGUACCUCAUGGCUCUGGCAGACACAGUGGCCAGUACAAAGGUGGACAUCUCAGAAAACUUCUCACACGAUCAGCCUAAGACAGGCAUGGGAGAAGGCCAAGCAGACAUCAGUCAUGCCACAGAGUCCAUGGAUGACUGUGGUGUACGGUUCCUGCUGGCUAUGCGGCACCACAACUACCUCCUGGGUACGCUGCCACCUCUCCAGAAGCUGGCCCUGCAGAGACAGGGACUCAAGUCCUUCCAGCUGGUCUGGGCAUUCCAUACAGAAGCUACUGAGGAGCUGCUGUCCUUCAUCCCCAGCAUGCAGAAGGGGGAGCCUACGUGGGAGGAGCUGAAACAGUAUGGAGCCGGGUGGUGGAUCACCAACAUCAGCCAGCUCAAGAAGUGUAUUGAGAAGGUUGCUAAAGCUGCCUUCCAGGCAAAGAAGGACCCUCUUGAUGCAGCCCUGUUCUUCCUGGCAAUGAAGAAGAAGAAUGUCCUGUGGGGACUGUACAGAUCUGUGAGUGACAAGAAGAUGCAAAUGUUCUUCAAGAACGACUUCACACAGGACAGAUGGAGGAAGGCGGCAUUGAAGAACGCCUUUGCUCUCUUGGGUCGCCAGAUGUUCCAGGCGGCAGCAGCCUUCUUCCUGCUGGCCGGAUCACUCAAAGAUGCUAUUGAGGUGUGCCUGGAGAAGCUCCAUGACAUCCAGCUGGCUCUUGUCAUAAGCCAUCUGUAUGAUGGAGAGGACAUGAUGCCGGACAGUGCCAAGAAGAUCAUAUAUGAGAACAUCCUAGGCUGUGAUGAGCAGGGCAUGAGCUGUGACAGCCGCAAAGCUCACCCGGAUCCUUUCCUCAGGAGCAUGUCACUAUGGAUGCUGAAGGACUACAAAGGAGCCCUUCAGACUCUGGUGGAAGUCAACAUAGGACGGCCACAAAUGGACCAUGAACAAUUUGAUUUGGACUCAUCCUCAGUUACUCCAAAUGUGUUUAACUUCUAUAACUAUCUCAGGACUCAUCCUUUACUUCUGAGACAGAGAUUGGCAUGUGCCUCGUUAGGCCGACGUAAAAGAGUGAUGACUGGUUUCACUCGGGCCGAGAGUGUAGCUGUGCAGGACAACAGCAUCACAACCAUUGACCGAGUCACACCAACAGAGAGGAGGCUGUUCUUCUCAACAGCCCAUGCUCACUUCAAGAAUGGCUGCCCUCUGAUGGCCUUGGAGGUUUUGUCUCGGCUUCCCCCAAUGGUGGAGGAUGCUGAGGAGGGCAAGAAGAUGUACUCCUUAGACAAGCACAGGAACCCAUCUAAUGUGAGCUGUAUCAGUACGGGGACUUUGUCUGAGCAGGAUGAAUCCAACACUGGUAUGAAUGAUUGGAGCACACCCAUCUCUGGUAACCUGAAAAAUAUUAACAAAGAUAUGAAUGGGCCGUUGACAAAUGGCAAGUCCGAUACUGCUGACAAUAUGGACUGGGGAACACCUGUGACUUUCAGUGUUGGGAAUGGUAAGGCAGGUGACAUGGACUGGGGAACUCCAUCACUUGGUGUUCGAUUUGAUGAUGAUUUAGACCGUGAACUUGCUAUGAUAGGACAUGCAUCAGAAGAAGAAGAGGAAGAAGAGGAGUACAUUGAGCCUAAGUCAGUGUUCAGUAAGGGUGAGAAUGUGACAAAGAGUGAGACUAAUGACAGUUCCGUGCCAGCAGAGUCCACUCCUCAGAAGCUUGACAUCAUGGCGCAGCAGUACAAGUUCAUUGCUUGUCUCAAAGUGUUGAUGGAGGAACUUGGAACUUUGGCAACUGGGUUUGAGGUUGAUGGUGGCCAACUGCGCUACCAACUCUAUAUAUGGCUGGAGAAAGAAGCUGAGGUCCUCAGAGUCCUCUGUAACUAUGGUCAACAGGAAGAAGAACUUCCAGAAACCAACUUGGAUGCUAGUAGAGAUUCUGAUGAGUUUCUGGAUGUUCCCAAGUUUGGUCGAUCAUUGUCAGUGAAGUCUGACACAUCUGCAAGCAAAGCAUCGCUACAUGAAGUCAUCCUCGCUGACAAACUAGAUCUGGAAGCCAAGAUGGAAAGAAUGGCACGAAGAAAACAGUGGUUGAAAAACAACCAACAGCUUCUGAGGACUCUUCUAAGUUACUGUGUCCUGCAGGGCUCUGGGGGUGGGGGCCUGGCCUCUGUGAGGAUGGAGCUGUUGCUGCUGCUGCAGGAGCUCCAGCAGGAGAAGCCCCAGCAGCAGCUCCUGUCCCCCCUCCCCUUCCCCUCCACGCUGCCCCUCCUCUCAGCCAGUAUCGCCAGCUCAAAGACUGUGGUGGCUGAUCCUAUCCAUUACCUGCAGUGCUUGUCCCAGGACAUCCUACACACCAUCAUUGAAAUCCCCAUCCCACCCAAUCUGGCGACUGAUGUUGGAAAUGUGUUCUUGUUGAGAAAUCUUGCGGUCGCGUUGUCCUCGUGUAUUUACCAGUGUCUCUGUGAUAGUGACAGUUUUGUGGUGUCCCUCAAUGAUGAAGAUGUUGGACUGGAAGGUUUUACUGGUCCAAACUUUGUGUGCCAAGCAAGCUACUUGAUGGCUGGGGUGCGAAGGCAGCGUCAUCGAGGAUGCGGGUCGGGGGAUGCAGUUAUCAACUCUCAACCAGCAAAGUGGCCAGGAGUGACAUCUCUCCGAGUGUUGCUAGCUCGCGAAAAAGAUGAGGAUGCCCCGAAACUGAACAUCCUACUGUGCGAGUCCUUGAUAUCUGUGUAUGUGAGCAUGUUGAUCAAUGGCUUGGCAACGUACGACCCGCUCAUGCUGUACCGCCUGGCCGCCCAUGUGUUUGACCAGCAGACCUGGUCUGCUCUGUUUGGUGGGGGAGUGAAGACUGUUAUGAGAUCCAGCAAUAAUCCUCCAAACCAUUCUUCCGCUGAUGAUAAUGCGAAACAGCGUCAUCGUCUCAACAUGAAGCUGAUAGGCCCAUCCCCUGGCUUUACUAAACCCUCAGAUGUGAGGGAAACAUUCCAGGAGAGGUUCCUGCCUCCAGAGCUCAGCAUGAUCACCUACUUCAUGACCAAGCCGUUUGUCCCAAGCUCCGAGUCCAUCAUCAGCUAUGACUCUGAAGAUUCCAUGUUGUCUGAUGUGUCAGAACAGUGUGACACAGAGGAUGAAGAUGAAUUGGACAGGCCAAAUACACUGAACCUGACCACCGUGCAGCAACACAGUGACCCCAACUCCUACACAUGGUGUCUGAUCCGGUACGCUACAAUCCACCUGGUGCUCCACAACCUACAGCUCUUCUUGCCACAGAUAGGGAUCGAGCUCCCAGAUUGUUCUUGCCAAAACCAUUAUUAUGUUGAGUUACCCAACUGCUCCCCUCUUCUCCACGCUGUGAUGAAGACCCUGGAACAGUGGGAUGAGUUCCUCCUGGGCCGCCUGGAGUUGUUCUCAGGGCCCCCAGACAACUACAUCCCUGGCCUCUACCUGGACGUCGUCGGUGGUGUGCCCAGCUCCAAGGUCCAGGCACUCCUUGACCCUGCCAACACUCCCUUUGUUGCUGGACAGGCCACGCUGCCAAUGAAGAGACUUUGGUUCCAGUUGGUGAGACAAGACUACUUAAAGGAUAUCUUCCUCCGCUACAUCUACCGCAAGAAGAAGAACAUUGUCGACAGUGAAGUGGAUUCCAUGAGAACAACCAGCACAGAACAAAACGAUACCUUGAGGGCUCCUGACCCCAUGAAGAUCAUACACAAGGAACAGGACAUCAUCACAGCGUUUGCCAAUAACCAGAGUUCGUCCGGCUGGGCAAUCUAUCCGGGAAUCGGGGGCACUACCAGGAAUUCUUUGACAUUGGCCAACCUAAACUGCAUCACUCUGUCAACACAGAAGGAGAUUGUGGAGCUUGACAUCGGUGCCAUCCUGCAUCCACCCACAUGGCUCGAGGAUGAGACUGAGUACGACAUUGAGUGUAUACGGAACCCCCACCCGACCCCAUCUGAUGUCCCAGACUUUCUGGUGGUGCAGACUCCACAAGAUGGGCCCAUGCUCCCCCAGAGUGGCUCUCAAACACCAAGCACCCCCUACUACCCCAGCACCCCGGGCUCCAUGUCUAUUGGGACCCCACAGGCCCAGACUGGCCGAGGCUCUAGCGUGAAACCAUUUUCAAAACAGGUGAAGGGACUGCACUUUCCUGGGAUGCACAAUCCUGCAUUUUCCCAGUUUGUGCUUGACCGCAGUAAACGCUUGAUACGCGUGAUCCUGCGUCGCCAGGUUGUUGGAGUACGACGUAUGGGAUCCCAUCCUCAUCUGCCACACUAUCUGAGUGGCAGUGCUGAUGGUAGUGUGAGGCUGUGGGAAUGGGGCCACGCUCAGCCUCUCACUGUUCUUAGACAACAAGGGUCCUUCCCCAAGGUCACCAAGGUGCUGUUCAAUGCUCAGGGCAACAAGUGUUGUGUAAGCGACAUAGAGGGAUCCAUCUGUCUGUGGCAGGUUGGCCUUGGCAGCAACUUCAACAAACCAAUCAUGAGCUUGAGCUGUCACAACAAGACAACCAGUGACUUCACAUUUGUGGGGUCAUCAAGUCUGAUAGCCACAGCGGGCCACUCAUCAGAGAGCAAGAAUGUUUGUCUGUGGGACACGUUGCUGCCUCAGCGUAGUGCUCUGGUUCACGCAUUCACGUGUCAUGAACAUGGGAGUCCUGCCGUCGUGUACGCCCCACAACACCAGAUGCUGAUCAGUGGGGGCAGGAAGGGAGAAAUAUGUAUUUUUGACAUGCGUCAGAGACAGAUGCGACACACAUUCCAGGCUCAUGAUGGACCAAUCAAAUGUCUAGCCAUGGAUUCUGAAGAGGAAUACUUUGUCACAGGAUCUGCCGAAGGCGAUGUCAAGGUCUGGGGCCUAGAUAUUCACCAGCUUCUGUUCUCCUUUCCUGGAGAGCACAGCAAGAGCACCUUCUUCAAGAAUGUGGGGUCCACAUCAGGGGUGGCCCAGGUGUCUCUGGGCCCGGGUCAUCACCUUUUCUCGUGUGGCGUGGACGGUUCCAUGAAGUUCAGGCAGUUGCCGGAGAAAGAUAUAGUCGUCCAGACCUGGCCGUCUUGACCAGCAUGGUGAUAUAGACAUUUGAAGGACAUGGUCAAGUCAUGUACACUCACUCGUAUAUGGAUAAUAUAGAAAGUGGCAUCACAUAGACUGGAGGCUGAGGUUAUGUCUGUCAUUGAAACUGUGAGGAUUAUUUAGCUAACCUUGCUGGUCACAUAUGUAGUUCCAUCAAGCCAAGAUGGUGUAGUGCAGUUCGAACAGGCCACAAUGGUGAUGUUUUCUCUCUGGCAUAAUUGACAUUGUUUCCGAAUUGGUGAGAUCAGUGGUUUCCUAGUCAUCUCAGAUUAUUUGAUGUAGCUGUAGAUAACUGAAGGUGAUUGUGAUUAGAACUGCGUAUUAGCCCAUUGUAUAGGCUCCUUGUCCAUUGUAAAGAGAAAGUCCUACAUGUCAGACAUUUGAUGGUUUUAGUGUUGCUAGUGGACUAGUGGUACAACACUAGCUAAUUAUGACAUGAUUCCUAUAUAUACUAUAUUCCUUACAACUUUCUAGCCAAGUUGUGUGUCAUUGUGUCUUGCUGCGAAGUUUUCUAUUGGUCAGAUUUAUGAAGAGUUAGCAAGAAAUGUAUACACAAUUAAAUGAGGUAUUAUGUUAGAUGAAUCUAUUGAAUUGUGUACUGUAGUGUUGGGAGUAAGUGUAGACAAAGCCCAUUCGUUGUGCUUUAGGAAUAUAGUACUGAAUAAGCUGUUAUGCACAGUUGUUGAUAUGUUAGGGGUGUUCUGCUCACACAAGGCAACUUGCAGGGUUGUGAUAAAUAAGUUAUAUUUUACUUCAUUGUAUGAUUUGGACAGUAUUAGUCAAUUGUUGUGUGUUGAUGUAACUGAUUAAGAAUAAGUCUCUUUGAUAACUAGACAUGAUGUCCUAGAGAAGGUGCAAAUGACACGAAAUAGGAAUAGUUAUUGAAGAGUAGUUGGAAACUGGUAGUAUCUAUAAAUGAAAUGGCAUAGUAUAUUCCUAUCAUUAAUUUCAAAAUUAACUGAUUAAGUAUGAACAGUGUCUUGAAUAAUAAUAAUAAUAAUAAUAAUAGAAUCAAUUUGUGACUUGUUUUAAAGUAGAUUGAAGUGCCACUGCAAAUUAAGAUCCUAUUGGUUAAUUAAGCUUAUAUGCUUCUAAACACAUUUUGAUCCAAUAGGCUACAGCACUGGAUGCCAAAACGGAAACAUUUUUCCUUCAUGUUAAUCUCCUGUGCAAUAGGCAACUUACUGGUAUGUCGAAACGGUUCUUUUUUAUUGCCCGAUUCAGUUACCUCAUGUUGAACAUUAUUUCAAUGAAAUAGAAAUGCAUCUGUAAUACAAGAUGUGCAACACUUGAUGUACACCCUGUUGGUUGAACACUGUUUACCGUUUUAAGGAAUAAGUGUAGAAUCGAUAUAAACCCUCAUUAUUGCUACCUACAGCAUGUUGCUGUCCCCUGUUCUGUUUGUUUAUAUUAUGUAUAUAUUAUAAUACUCAGAAGUAUACUUUCUUCAAUUAUUUCUAUAAUCUGUUUGACUUCAGUUGAUGAAAUGGUAUGAACUGCUAGUGAUUUCCAUCGCUCUAUUUGAUCUCACGUGCAAUAUAUUGUAAAUACAAACACCAGUGUAUUGAGUUGCACAUGUGCUGUGUACAGACUUGAGGUGAUGUGUGCACUCAUUUCUGGGCCAGUUGGGUUCAACAGUAGAGAGUUCUCCGGCAAACUUUCUAGUCAUUUGUACAGAAUUUCUUCACUCUCCUCUUGUAUUUUAUUCUCUGUAUUCUUUUAUAUCCCUAGAUUUUAUUUUGUCUGUAUAUUUUAUAUAACAAUGCUCUCACCCAUUGAAAUUAUUCUUAUGUUUAAGCUCAACAACCAUACUCUUCUUGAUAUAAUUGUAUACAGUUUAAAAAGUUCUUUGUAAAAUUUUAUUUAAUAUUUGAUGACUAAAUAUUAGAGUGAUCCCCCUUUUCCCACCAGUCGGCCAUUUUGUUAUCAUUUUCAUCAGGACACAGUAUAGUGGGACCGUGAGUAUUAUUGAUUGAAGUAUCUAAUAAACGUCUAUGUGUUUUUUCAUUGUAGAAAGCAUAAUAGAAUCUGUUAUACAUGUUUGUAAGAUAAUAUAUGUCACUUUUUCACAGGAUGUGAGGUGUUGCGCUAAAUGUGCAGGAUUUGUUAUGGUGUUUUGUGAUCUGCACCUGUUCGGAUGUUGAGACACUGUUACUUGUACAGACCAACUGUUUAUGUAGAAGAUUACUAGUUGUUUACUAGAUGUUUAUCAACAAUGGAAGUGCAUCCCAUAUGGAAACAUCAAAUAAAACAGGAAUAUACGUAUUUGAGUUGGAAGUCUGAGAGAAAGUAACAUACAGUCAGUGAUCAAGAAUCAGGUAUCUAGUUUGAUACGGAGACCACUAUUCUUACAAUCUAAUGUUUAUGGCCUCAACUGGAGGAUGCAAAAGUACUCGUUUUACGACCCCCAACAUGCCUGUCUAUCAAGAUACAUCAAAAUCAUAGAUCUGCCUUUCAUCUCCAAUACAUUCUGACUUGUAGUUUUGAUAUAGUGAUAUAUGGAUAUGUAUCAGUUUGAAGUACAGUCUGUUCUAUAAUCUUCGAUUCAGUUUGAUAUACAAUCUUGUACACAGUCUGAUUUAUAGUCUUAUAUACAGUGUUAUUGACGUUCUGUUAUAUGGUCUUAUGUACAGUCUGUUAUGUACAGAUUGUUAUUUAGUCUUGUUUACAGAUUGUUAUAUAGUCUGUUAUGUAGUCUGUAUACAGUCUGAUAUGGGGUCUCAUGUGCAGUCUGAUAUAUGGUCUUAUAUACAGUUUGACGUAUGGUCUUUUGUUUGGGCUGAUAUAUGGUCUUCUAUACAGUCUGGAAUAUGGUCUUAUGUACAGUCUGGAAUAUGGUCUUAUGUACAGUCUGAUAUAUGGUCUUAUGUACAGUCUGAUAUAUGGUCUUAUGUACAGUCUUACAUAUGGCCUUACAUACAGUCUGAUAUAUGGUCUUAUGUACAGUCUCAUAAAUGGCCUUACAUACAGUUUGAUAUAUGGUCUAAUGUACAGUCUGAUAUAUGGCCAGUCUGAUAUAUGGUCUUAUGUACAGUCUGAUAUAUGGUCUUACAUACAGUCUGAUAUAUGGUCUUACAUACAGUCUGAAAUAUGGUCUUACGUACAGUCUGAUAUAUGGCCUUACAUACAGUCUGAUAUAUGGUCUUACGUACAGUCUGAUAUAUGGUCUUACAUACAGUCUGAUAUAUGGUCUUACAUACAGUCUGAUAUAUGGUCUUACAGUCUGAUAUAUGGCCUUACAUACAGUCUGAUAUAUGGUCUUAUGUACAGUCUGAUAUAUGGUCUUAUAUAUACAGUCUGAUAUAUGGUCUUAUGUACAGUCUGAUGUAUGGUCUUAUAUAUACAGUCUGAUAUAUGGUCUUAUAUAUACAGUCUGAUACAUAAACACAUCCCAUUUAUAGAACUGUCAUACUAGAGUGAGUAUUAAAUGCACAUGCAGAACCUGUCGCUCCAUAUCCUAUGACAAACAGGUUGUUCAAUAUCCUUCUUUGGUUUAUGAUAGUUCUCAAAACUAGAAAGGAUGGAGGCAUCUCUCUCUAUGUUGUCGCCUGAUUGCUGCAGGUGCACCUUCAGAUAGGUGAUAAUGAAGUAGGCAUCUCUCUAUAUAUAUCAUUGUCUAAUAACCUCAGGUGCACCUUCAGAUAAGUGAUAAUGAAGGAGGCAUCUCUCUAUAUGUACCAUUGUCUAAUAACCUCAGGUGCACCUUCAGAUAAGUGAUAAUGAAGUAGGCAUCUAUAUAUAUAUAUCAUUGUCUAAUAACCCAAGGUGCACCUUCAGAUAAGUGAUAAUGAAGUAGGCAUCUCUUUGUAUAUCGAUGCCUAAUAGUCCCGGAUGUGUCCUUCUGAUAGGUGAUAAUGAAGUAGGUGUCUUUUUGUAUAUCCAUGCCUAAUAACCCAAGGUGUAUCCUUCAGAUAUGUGAUAAUGAAGAAGGCAUCUCUUUAUAUAUCGAUACCUAAUAACUCCAGGUGCACCUUCAGAUAUGUUAUAAUGAAGUAGGCGUCUCUUUGUAUAUCGAUGCCUAAUAGUCCUGGGUGUGUCCUUCUGAUAGGUGAUAAUGAAGUAGGCAUCUCUUUAUAUAUUGAUGCCUAAUAACCCAAGGUGCGCCUUCAGAUAGGUGAUAAUGAAGUAGGCGCCUCUUUGUAUAUCGAUGCCUAAUAGUCCCGGGUGUGUCCUUCUGAUAGGUGAUAAUGAAGUAGGCAUCUCGUUAUAUAUUGAUACCUAAAACCCAAGGUGUAUACUUCUGAUAGGUGAUAAUGCCCUCUGAAAGGAUGUAAUCAACAAUUGAUCUGUAUUGUGGAUACACCUAGUGUAGUUCUUUAUGUUUGGUAGGCUGUACUUAUUUAUCCUGUUUUGUAUAUAGUUAUUAAAGUAAGGAUGUAUGCCACGUGAUCUGAAUGAGUGGGAUCUGCAUCCAUGAUGCAUAUGUUCAAGGCUCCAUUUCAAGGUUGUAAACUUCUGUUGUUAAUUCUGUGAUACUGUGUGAGAGUUAAAACACUGAGUCUCUACACCAGAUGUUCUUGUAUGAUGUGAGUUGCUGGCUGCUCUACAUAUGUUGAUGUUAACGUUCUGGUUAAAAUACAGGUUAACUUUGAAUGAAAAUGUUGAUAUCUUCAUAAAAAAAUUAUGACAGUGAUUGAUUCAAGUUUUAUGAUUUUUUGUUAUUGCAACUUCAUUGGAUUCAAUGACAUCAUCACCAAGACCACAAAGAAUAUGUACCAGUCCUUAAGGAAACUAUUUCAAUCAUAGUAAUUGAACCAAAUUGCGAUAGUCGAGUUCGAUUCAACAGGGACAUGUUUAUUUGAAUUGUUUAAUAUGGGAGAAGCAUGCAGUGGAAUAAGAUGUUUGUGUUCUGUGAAGUUUGUUUGUUACCUGGUUAACAAUUUGUUGUUAAAGCAGUGGAUCCACACAUGAGACCCAAAUGGAUUUGACAAUCUGUGAAAAUGUCUCGAAAAAGCUACCACCAACUGAAUGCUAGUUUGAUAUUAAAUGUCACUUACCAGAUUGGAAGUGCAAAUGCAGCAGGCACAGAUUGCAUCCAUCAAGGUGAGAUUCAGUUUACCUUAUACAGCUGUAGCUUUAAGAUUGAUGUGCAUGGUUUGUUUAAGACCUGCAUCACUUUAGGCUUUCCUCCCACAUUAAACUGACAUGCCGUGAUAAAACUGAAAUACUGUUCAAAGUGGCUUUAAACCAGUCUCACUCACUUUUAAGAAGGACUGUAUGAUGCUCCAACAUCUGAUUCCAUGUCCAGUCUUGGUCUAGACAUUGUAAGGAGUGUCCCAGGUGAAAAUGAGAUGGUGUCUGUAUGUAGGGUAAUCAUUAACUGCCAAAUUGAUGCACAUACAAUUUGUGCACCUAGAAAAAACAAUAUAAUUUUGAAUCAUUGUUUGGACUGCCAAUUGUCUUGAGCCUGGUACCCCUUUAAGGGUAAAUGCCUGGCAUUGUAUGUCUACAUGCUGAACAGUGGUCAAACUAAAGUAUGAAAAUCAUGGAGUCCUUGUCAUCACCUUAAUAUUAGAAGUUGAAGAUUUAGGGGGUCAAAUACGAAUUCUACAAGUAAUAUCUCCAGGACCUCCCUUAAUUUCAAACACUGAUGUAUCAGUGUAAAGUGUGUGAGUAUUACACUUGUUCAUCAUUAUAGCUCUAUUUAAGAAUGUGGAGUGUUUUGGUUUGUCCAUUAUUAUCAGUUUUGUGUUUGAAUACUGAACAUAAUUUACACAUAUGUAAAUGUUUGACUGCAUAAUUGUUGUUUCACGUCUAAAAAAUAGCCCCAGAUGUACAUGAACUCUUAAUUAGCAUGGUUCCAGAGAAGAUGCUUUCCUAAAUUCUAACCAUCAUGCCAGCCUAUUAGCCUAUGAUGUUUGUUUCUUUAGUAUCUAACUUCAUUAACCUCCACAUUAUUUGUUCCAUUCAUACAUUCAUCAGUUGGUAUCUGAAGCUUGGUGUAAGUUUAGCACCUCUGUAUGUGUACUUUUUCUUUAAUAUGUUUAUCAGUUGAAUGUCUAUGCAUUGUUUGCGGUCACAAAAUUGCAUUUUGAGUAAUGCCCAAGUACUCAAUAUUGUUGAAAUAGGGCAUGUAACCUAUAAACAAUGUAAGUUUAUUAAACAUAUGCUUUGGGGAAUUUGCAUAAAGAACAUCAAUAAUGUUGACCUAAUUUUAGCAACAUCUUACACUUCCUUUUUAAGUUAGUUACUUAUGUAAGGAAUCUGUGUGUAGAAUACUUGUUCUUCGAUAGGUAACACAACACCCAGAGGUAUUGAUACAUCUAGUUUAGAGCUUUAUCCCAUGUAGAUUGGAACCUUUUUCAUCAUUCCAAUUUAGUAAUAUUUUGUAGUAUAAGGUGAUUUUGACUCAAAUUAUUGUGCUAUGUAAAUCUUCAGAGUCAUAGUGAAAUGAAUUUCAUAUAUUCGUAUAACCUUUCUUUUUACAUUUCUUGCACUUCAUUUGGGUGAAUUUACAUAUCUAUUAUUGUGAGUAUUACACUCAUGUUUUGUCUAUAUGUAUUUAUGAUUGUCAGAAAAGAAUUUUCGUGUUUAAUAUUGUACUAUUGCAGAGAUUUAUAAAGAUUUUAAUUUGUUUUAUGUUUUAUUUUCAUUUGUAUAGAUGGGUAUUGAAGGGUGAAAAGACCAUGCUGAAGUAUAAUACAAGUGUUUGCAAUAUAGGGUUUUAUUGAUACUAAACAUGUUGACCACUUCAUUCCUUAUACCACUGUUUCUGUUGUAUUUGCAGAGGACUGAUUUGACUAUUUGUGUAUAUGUUGGUACAAUGUGUAUAUUAAACUACAGCAGUGUACAUAGUUGUCCUGUUGUUCUCUUGUACACAGCGGUAGUCAUGUUGCUUGUUGUGUGUCCCGACACCAUUCAGUUCUAUUACAGAGAAUGCUUCAAUCGUAUAUUGCCAGUUAUGAAUGAAAACGCAAUUGUGAUCAAUUAAUUGAUUAAAAAGGUAAUUUAUGGUUAA